GAAAACCGGUUUACCUGGUUCCACUUUCGAAGGACACGUCACCCAAGGCUAAGAGUAGAAAGAACACUUCCUAAACUGUCAGUGACUUUAGUGAUUCCUGAACUUUUCAUUUCUUUGGAUAAGAUUGUUUUUUUAUUAAAAAACUUAUCAAAGGUGAUCAAAGAAUAGCUACCACGAUGGGUCAAUAUCUGCUGUCCUUCAUAUGUCUAGCGAUGGUGCUGACAACGAUUUGUGCAGAUAUGAUGAGAAAAAGCAUAGUGUUCGAUGAAAAGAACCCUAAAUAUUUCUAUUGUCCUCAAGAAAAACCAAAAGGCAUGAACAAAAUGCUUGUCAAGGCCAGACCUAUUGACAAGCUAUGUGAAUAUGCAGGACAACCUCCUAAGGAAUUCAAAUCUGAUUGUUACAACGACAUUGAUGAAUCUGACUAUGCUUGCGCAGAAAAGGAAAGAAUAAUGACCAGGUUAAAUCCUCCCAAUGAUACUGACACUACAACUAUGGCGUCUACAACUACGACAAAAUCUUACAUGAAAUUAAAGGCUAAGAAGUUGUAAAGGAAAUGGACAUCUGGUGGUCAUUUUUGAAACUGUUUUUCUUCUGGCAGCUAUAAAAAAAUGGAAAAUUUAUUUAUUUAUUUUAUCUUUUUCAAACUUUUUGGAUUUUUUGUGAUCAUUUUAGUUAGAUUUUGAGCAAGUUUUGUAUACAUUUAGAACUUUUUAUGUAACGCAUUAUUUUGUGAUAUUUUUUCAAUAACAUUUGUAAAACUUUUGUAACACUGCUUUUUUGAAGAAAAUUUACAACUUAUUUUUUCAUUUUAGAAUUAAAAGGUGAUUGUUAAACUGAUUUAUUUUUUUAAUUAAAUGUCUAAGAAAGUGAAGUUAUCGUUUUUCUUUAGAAUAAAUAUGAUCACUACUA